GGGCAGAUGUGGGCCGGAAGUGAGAUGCAGGAAGUGGUCGCGGCUCCCAGCAUCCCCCACACGCGAGUAAGAUGGCGGCGGAGCAGCAGGAGCCGGCGGUGGUCGAUGUGGAAGCAGUUAACUUUCUGGCUUAUGAUGAAGCCAUCAUGGCUCAACAGGACCGGAUCCAACAGGAGAUAGCAACGACGAACCCACUGGUGUCGGACAAGUUGGACUUGUCGGUGCUCUACAAAGAAUAUGCAGAGGACGACCAGGUCUACCAGCUAAAGGUCAAGGACCUGCACAAUCGCUACUGCUGCAUCCGCAAGACCCGGCCCGACGGGAACUGCUUCUACCGAGCGUUCGGCUUCGCUCACCUCGAGGCGCUGCUGGACAACAGCAAAGAGCUACAGAAGUUUAAAGCUAUAGCCUCCAAAAGCAAAGAGGAUCUGGUGACCCAGGGCUUCACCGAGUUCACCAUCGAGGAUUUCCACAACACGUUCAUGGAUGUGAUCGACCUGGUGGAGAAGCAGGGGUCCUUGGCCAACCUGCUGACGGCCUUCAAUGACCAGAGCACGUCAGACUACCUCGUCGUUUACCUCCGGCUACUCACCUCGGGUUACCUGCAGCGCGAGACGGCGUUCUUUGAGCACUUCAUUGAGGGGGGCCGGACGGUCAAGGAGUUCUGUCAGCAGGAGGUGGAGCCGAUGGCCAAGGAGAGUGACCACAUCCACAUCAUCGCUCUGGCCCAGGCACUGGACACCCCGAUCCGGGUGGAGUACAUGGACCGUGGAGAGGGCGGCACCACCAACCAGCACAUCUUCCCUGAGGGCUCGGAGCCCCGAGUCUUCCUGCUGUACAGGCCGGGACAUUACGACAUUCUCUAUAAAUAGGUGUACAGGUGGAGAGUGCGGAGAAAUGAUCGGUUAUUGUACAGAGUUAUGUGGUUGUAAAUGAUGGGCAGUCACCCACCACCCCACCUCCCACUUUGUUACAUGAGCUGUCACCUUAUUGGGGGGAGCUGGGCUCACGCUCACACACUCGUGCACUCUCACUCACAAACUCUCUCAGCCUCUCACACUUGCUCUCAAGCUCAUACUUACAGACACACAUCUUCACACAAAAUCACACUCUCACACUCACGCACACACACACACUCACACAGUCUCACACCCAAUUACACACUCUCACACUCAUCACACCCACAAUCUCUCGUGCACACUGGCGCGCGUGCACACGCACGCACAGACCUCGCUCACUGCUUUCCUUCUGAAGUUGGGACCUUUCUCUCCCUCCCUCUCCCCAUCACCAACUCCUUCCCCCCGUCUUUGCCCCCAGCCCACCAGGCUCCUAUCUGCCACCCUCUGAUAUCCUCUUCCCCCCUUGGUCCCCAUCUCCCUUGCCCCUUGCUCCACUCUCCCCUUGUGGCCCACCUCCGAUUUCUUAUGUUAUGGUCCCUUCCGACAUUUCCCCCUCCAACCACCCCUUCUUUCUGACCCCUCCUCUCUAUUUCCCUGAUUCCUCCUUUCCACUCUCAUACACACAUCAGUGUCCCAGCAAGUGUGGGGUCCCACUGGGUAUUGCAGGGAAGCUCUCCCACCCCCCAUGUCUCAGUUGAGUCCCGUCCCUGAGACACAGUGUGAGUAACAUUUGACCCACGGGGGUAACCACUUGAAGCACUCCAGACACCCCCCGAUGACUGAGCCGGGCACCGGGGUUGAUGUUAUAUACCGACCUCCCCAGGGAGACGCAGCGGAAGUCCCAGUCCGUCCUUCCUUGUGCUGCUGGCAGCUGGGACCUUAACCGAGACCCGCGGUGCUGCGUGAGGAGGAUCGUCUGGGACCCGGUCUCUGCAGAACUCAGUGUGAUCCCCCCCCGCCUCUUUCUCUUUCUCCCCUCCCCCAGGUGCUGAGAGCUGCAGUAACUGGGUCCCGGGUGUUGGUGACAUUGAGGUGGGAUCGGGAGGGGGAGGGCAGUCUGCACUGAGCUGUGGCAGUACACACGUGGCCGGGCUGUGGAAAACACACCGCCUCGGGGUAAACGCAGUCCUGCUUCAGCCCGCCCUCUGUGUGUGGGGGCGAGGGUGGGGUGGGGGCGGUGGGCCCUCUGAGUGAGGGGGCUCCACCGUGGUGUGAAGAGUGGUGAGUGAGCUCACCCCCCCCUUCAAUAAACCGGCUCCAUCCCU